AUGAUAUGUCAACAACAUUUAUCAGUCAUUGCUGAUCGAGUUAUUGCUCUUUUUCUUUCUGACAAUGAUGAUACUCCAGAACAAAUUAAUCUAUUUCUUUCUUAUGCAUCAUCAUUUGGUCAAUUUACUCAAUUGCGAUCACUUUCACUUUUGAGUAUUUGUUCAUAUGGAACACUAAUGAAAAUCUUGAAUGAUUGUCAAUAUCUUUCUAAUCUUAGUCAUUUAAAUAUCUACUGUAAUUAUCUUCGAUAUAAUCCAGUUGAUCUUCAACUAAUUAUCAACAGUAUUUGGAGUUUACCGAAACUUAUCCAAUGCGAUUAUAGAAUUCGUACCGAUAUAGAAAAUUUUUUCAUUAUAACGAGAAAAAUUUCAUUAUCCCUCGAAAGUGUCUAUAUAAACACAAAUAAAAUUAGAUUAGAUAACAUAAAUGAAUUGUUUAAUUAUACACCUCAUCUUAAGCGUCUUUUUCUAUCUCUUGACUCUAUUGAUCAUCCAUAUAUAUCGUAUUAUACACCAUUGACUCUUUCAACAUUAGCUGAUCUGAAACUACAUGUGCAUAAUGUCUCUGAUGCCAUAAUAAAAGGAUUUUUUAAAAAUAUCAUGCCUAAUUUAUAUCGUCUGGAUAUCAAAUUAUCGUCUAAUUUAAUCAAAGGUCAUCAAUGGGAACAAAUCAUUUGUAACUACUUGCCAAAACUUGAAAUAUUUCGACUUAGAAUGAUAACACCUUCUUUCAUUCAAAAUAUAGAGAAACACGCUGAUGAAUUAAUUAAUUCAUUUCGAACUCCAUUUUGGAUUAACGAACAUGAAUGGUUUGUUCGAUGUUUUGUACGAGAAGACACUCUUUAUCUUUAUACUUUAUCUGAAACAUUUUAUUAUAAUGAUUAUGAAUUUCCUCAUUCAUUCAAAUCAACAUAUCCACAUGAUUAUCAUCAAAAAUUUUAUAAUAACAUUAUUAAUAUCUAUGAUGACACAUUUUUUCAUCAAUCAAUUUCUUCCGAUAUUCAUUUACCUAAUAUUAAUUCUCUUUGGAUAAAAUUUCCUAUUAAUCAUAAAUUUUGGUCUAUUGUUUCAAGUUUGAAUCGAUUAAAGUCACUUACAGUAUCAUCCUAUGAUGAUAUUUAUAAUUCUCAAUUUCAAGUUUUACUUGAUCGUGCACCUAAUCUCCGUCAUUUAGAUAUUCGUCAAGAUAAAUCAUUAACUUUACAAAUGUCAUCAUUCCAAUAUAUAAAUGCAUCAGUUCAUCAACUUGACUUAAGAAACUGUAAUCAUUAUUUCACUGCAGAUGAAUGUAUUACAUUAAGUCGUUCACCAUUAGCUGUUCAGUGUGAAGUUCUUUCUAUUCUGGUUGACAAUCGCGAAAGUAUUAUUUAUCUUGUUAAAAAUAUGAUCAAUCUUCGGUCAUUAUCAUUAAAUGUCAAAUUUGAAGAGAAAAAGAGUUCUGGAUUUUUUACAUGGUUAUGGAAGAGAGAUCCAUCUCUUGAUGAAAAUAUUGAAAAUAAAGAUAUAGUUCAAUGGUUAAAAGAUCGUUUGUCAUCAACGUGUUUGAUUAAAAAAAAUCAAACUCGGCUAACUGUAUUCUAA